CCUACUCGCUGCAGGCUGCACUUCAGCAUCCCCUGCACUGCACCAUCCGGCGUCCUGCGUCCACCACCAGAGUCCCAGAGUCCCAGACCCAGACCAGUUGGACCAACCAGACCUUCAGACCCUGCAGAGUGCAUACCCAGGGCCAGACCAUUGUUGUCCCCGUUCGAUUCUUUCCCUCAGCCUGUCAGGAUAUUUCAUACUACGAUGGGGGCUGCUCAAAUACUUGCGGCCUGUCUCGCCAUCCUUAUUUCGUCCUUCGGUGUCCAUGGUAACGUUUUCUCACUAGAGAGAGCGUUUCCUAGGAGUCACCAUAUCGGACUUGACGAGCUCCAAACUCGUGACCGAACCAGGCAGGCCCACCUUUUUAAAAGAGUUGUGGGUGGUAUAGCCAACGUGUCAGUGGUAUAUGAAGAUUUCUACGGUCCUGAACAUGUCGGGGUGUACUUGACAAAAGUUAAACUCGGCUCUCCACCAAGAGAAUUCUAUGUGGAGAUCGACACAGGGAGCGACGUGCUAUGGGUUUCAUGUUCAUCAUGCAAAGUUUGUCCUCGGCAUACUGAGCUCGGCGGACUUUCGUUCAAUUUCUACGACCCUGCCAACUCAUCCACCGCUCGCCCAGUUCCUUGUUCCGACAAGUUGUGCAAAGCUUCUUUAGAGACCGAAUGCUCACAUCCGACAAAACAGUGCAGAUAUAAUCUGAGAUAUGCAGACGAAGAUGAGAUAGCCGGGUAUUACAUGUCGGAUGAAUUAUAUUUUGACAUGAUACCGGUUCAGUCUCAUGUUAAAAUUGAGUCUUCAGCGACCGUUGUUUUCGGGUGUAGUACCUCCGUGGCUGGGCUUUUGGAGGGAACUAUAGCUUCAGUCAACGGAGUAUUUGGAUUUGGCCAAGGACUAAUGUCAGUUAUAUCACAGUUGUCUUCUCAAGGGGCAACUGCUAAUGUGUUCUCCCAUUGUUUGAAGGGAGAUGACAAUGGAGGGGGUAUACUCGUUCUUGGUGAGAUUUUAGAGCCAAGUAUCGUUUAUACCCCUCUUGUCCCAACAGUGCACCCCUUUUAUCAAAUUAAUCUCGAAACUAUUUCUAUCAAUGGUCAAAUCGUGCCCAUUGAUCCGGCAGCGUUCACACCAUCACGUGACCGAGCAACAGUGGUUGACUCGGGAAGCACUCUUGGAUAUAUUGCGGAAGAGGCCUAUGAUCCGCUUGUUCAUGCUAUAACUUUGUCUUCAAAGUAUGUGAGUCCCUUCCUUUCACCAUCAGGAAAACAAUGCUAUCUAGUUUACACCAGUGUGGCCGAGGCAUUUCCUACGGUUAGUCUUAAUUUUGCUGCUGGUGCAUCUAUGGUUUUAAAACCAGAAGACUACCUUUUGUAUAAGGGACCUGAUCAGAAUGGUUCUAUUAUAUGGUGCUUUGGUCCCCUUAAAUCUGAGGGAGAGAACCGUGGGUUCACAAUUUUAGGAGAUCAUGUUCUAAAGGACAAAAUUGUGGUAUAUGACAUAGGCCGUCAGCGGUUGGGAUGGGCAGACUACAAUUGCUCGUUGCCGGUAAAUGUUUCUGUAGCUUUACAUGGGAGAGAUCCGACUGGGAGCAGCUCAUCUAGAAACCUACCGUUCGAGCAGCUAAAUACUGGGAUUCUACUUUUCUUCAUGCAUUUAUUUAUCAUAUUUAUGUGAGACCCCAUAGACAUGUGGGUAGGUUAUUAAUGAAUGAUGACAAACGAAUUGGUAUUAAGUUUUUUUUUUUUUUUUAUAAAAAAUAGCGUUAGUGAGUUAAAUUUAUAUUUGUUAGGAGGGAUAAGUGAAGAUCUAUUAUUGGUGUUAAACUUUUUAUAAAG